GUGAGCCAAGAAAGAAAGAGAAAGAAAGAAAGAAAGGAUAUCUCGUUUUUCCCAGCUGGAUGGAAAGACACGGCUGCGUCUAAUGAAACGAAGCAGUUGAUGAUUUCAUUCUUAAGAUUUCUUCCAAAAGCACAGAAGAAAUGGAUCGUCAGCGAGAGGACACCAGCCAGAGCCAGACGAACUCGUCGAAGGCGAAACGACCAAGACGGGCGGUGGACAACAAGUUGGUCAGUGAAGGCAUCAGCCGGGCUUUGGCUCGGAUCGUGUACCAGAGCCAGGACAUGGAGUUGCUGCACACGUGCUACCAAAUGCUGGGUGUCACUUGCGCCAGGGAGGCGCAGCAGAAGAUGCAGCAAUUGCUGGAUGAGAUGAUGGAAAAGGCCGACUCGGAAAAGGGUCGCGGCAAAGGCCAGCCAAACGCCCAGGCUGACGAGGAUGACGCAGUGGAAUAAAAUUUGUAAUAUGUAUCAA